AUGGCGGGCAUUCCCAUGCUUCAGAAGGAGCUCUCCCGCUUGACCGGCGGAGGCACUGCUCGUCUAUCUGCCGCGGUCGACGAUGUCGACAAGAUGAUUGAGGUCCUGACAGCCGCUCGGGACCAAAUAGCACACGCUUCGGAUCCCCAUACCGCGAGUCUGACGAUGACGAAACUACAAAACCCCAUACGCGAAGGUUUCGAUGCAGUUACGGAAGAUCUACGAAAGGUGUCAAAGGUGCAGAAGGACUUCGGACGGUCCCUCGAUAAGCAUUUCCCCUCAAGACCACUACCUACAGACCACGACGCAAUGUCAGAAUACCCAGACUUGAUCAACCGGGCCAUUGCCAUGCAUCUGCUACGUGAGGGCCAGUUCUCCGUAGCAUCAACGUUCAUACACGAAGCACAAGACGCGGCCGCCCGAUCUACUACUCCCCGCCACAGUCAGGCGUUUGACGACACAGACAUGGAUGGCGGCUCAGAUGCCGAUGACGAGGCCGAGCCGGAAACGGAGAUAUCGCUACAGUCACAAGAGCUUCAAGCCAAAUUCGCAACAAUGUACCAGAUAUUAUCCGAACUCAAGGCGCACAACCUCAUACCCGCCAUAGACUGGGCCACGGCCAACAGCCAGGAGCUCGAGGCACGGGGCUCUAACCUAGAGUUUGAGCUGUGCAAACGGCAAUAUGUGUGGCUAUUCAAGGGUCCGCAGGUCAACGGCCUACCAGACGACGAAAACAACGGCCUAAUGGGCGCCCUGCGGUACGGCCAGCGCAACUUCCCGCGCUUCCAGGCCCGCCAUGCCAAGGAGAUCCAGCAACUGGCCGCUGCCAUGGUUUUCCGGCCGAACCUAGCCGACUCACCAUAUUCACCCAUCUUCGAGAUGGAGACAGCCUUUGACGAGGUAGCCGCAAGCUUCACGCGCGAGUUCUGCAGCCUGCUCGGCCUAUCCGCCGAAUCGCCACUGUACGUGGCCGCGACGGCGGGCGCCAUCGCGCUGCCGCAGCUGAUGAAGUACGUCGAGCGCGUCAAGGAGAAGCGCACCGAGUGGACGACGGUGGCGGAGCUCGCGUUCGAGACGCCGCUGCCCUCGUCCAUGAUCUACCACUCCAUCUUCGUCUGCCCCGUCUCCAAGGAGCAGACCACCGACGCCAACCCGCCCAUGAUGCUGCCCUGCGGCCACGUCUUGGCGCGCGAGUCACUCCAGAACCUCACCAAGGGGACGAGGUUCAAGUGCCCGUACUGCCCCAGCGAGGGCCAGUUCAAGGACGCCAGGCAGAUCAUCUUGUAG